UAUCGCUUCCCAGGGCUUUGAGUGUGGAUGUGAGUUGUUAGUUAAAAUUGUUACUGCUGAGUGUGAAAGAUUUUUGUAAAUUUUAUUUUUUAUGGAUCCAAGAAUUGCUUGGUAUCCACCUGAACAAUUAGGACCCGCUCAUGAUUUAUGGACGAGUAUUUGGGAACGUUUAGACAACAUGCCUUUGGGAUCAACAUCUGACCAAAAACCUCAAGAUUUUAUUCCUCUGGACAGCCCGACAGACUCAAACACAUUACAUAAGAAGCAAGUAUUGUUACAGAAAAGAAAGAGAAGCGAUAAUCGUGCAUGUACAUUUGGUUUAAACUUUUCAGUUAAUACUAAUGUUUUAAAAGACGGACUUACACCUUGGAAAAAGCCACACAAAAAAUACGGACAUGGUGUCAUUGGAUUACAUGAGGAGAUCAAGGAUUUUUAUGCCUACAUUUCCCCCCAACCUCAAGAAGCAGCAAUGAGAAAAGCAGUUGUAGAUCGUCUCAGAUCAGUAAUAGAAGAACUUUGGCCUGGAGCUAGGGUUGAAAUUUUUGGCAGCUUUAGAACAGAUCUUUACCUUCCUACUAGUGACAUAGAUUUAGUUGUGUUUGGAAAAUGGGAUUCGCAACCUUUGUUUACAUUACAAAAUGCAUUGCUCAAGAAAAAACUGGCAGACCCCUCAUCUAUAAAAGUUUUGGAUAAAGCAUCAGUACCAAUAGUAAAACUUACAGAUGCUGAAAGUGAAGUCAAAGUAGAUGUGAGUUUUAACAUGGACAACAAUCAGAAUUAUGGUGUUGAAAGUGCCCAGCUCAUUCAGAAAUACUUAAAGGAAUAUGAUUGUUUGAAAUACUUGGUGUUUGUUCUUAAGCAGUUUUUACUACAAAGAGAUUUAAAUGAGGUUUUUACAGGAGGAAUUUCUUCAUACAGUCUUACUUUAUUGGCUAUUAGUUUUCUUCAGCUUCAUCCUAGAGAAGAUCCUACUAAACCUAAUUGCAAUCUAGGUGUUUUACUGAUUGAGUUCUUUGAAUUGUAUGGGCGAAACUUCAAUUACCUCAAAACUGCUAUUCGCAUAAAAAAUGGUGGAGCUUACUUGCCCAAAGAAGAGGUUUCAAAAGAUAUGGAUAAUGGCUAUAGACCAUCAAUGUUAUGUAUUGAAGACCCUUUGAAAGCAGGAAAUGAUAUUGGACGCAGUUCAUAUGGAGCUAUGUCAGUAAAGAAUGCUUUUGAAUAUGCAUACCUUGUUCUAAAACAUGCAGUUGCACCACAUAAUGCACAUCUUACCCAUAGCAAUAAAAGCAUCCUGGGAAGAAUUGUCAGGGUGACAGAUGAUGUUGUGGAUUAUAGACAAUGGGUAAAAAGUAAAUUCUCAAAAAGUCUAAAAUUGGUUAAGGAGAACAUCCCUAGCAUGUCACUCAAUGCAGCAGCUUCUGACUUGUUAGAACAACCAGUCCUGCCCUCAUCCAGUGCAAAAUCAAACCGUUUAGGAUCACAACAAAACCCAGAAAUAUCUUAUGCUGCUGUUGCAUCACGUAAUCCAGAGGCAUCCAGGGGAUCAUCUCUCAGUGGAUUAGCAGAAGCAAGGGGCUCUCAAAGUAUGACAAGUCAAGAGGGUAAUGCAGAAAGUGAAGCCAGUGAUUCUUGUGGUAACAGUUCAGGCUACAAGUCUUCAGAUAGUUCACAAGCUGGUUCAGAUGGGAAUGCUAGUGACACAGAUUCAGAAUGCAGCAAUGAGACCAAUAUGUCACGCCAACCACUUCCCAUCUCAUAUCAAAAUGGUGAUAAUGCACCAGGCUCCAAGGCUGGACGUGCCUCAGCAUCAGGAGGACACUACAGUGGUGCUCACAUUCCAAAUAGAGAGUACACAAGAAGUAGAGAGACCUCCAAGCCCACUGUACCACAGUUGAACAACUCAGGGAGCAAACCUGCUCGUGAUACCAGCAACAGUAGUGUAUCUUCCACUCGCUCCAGCAAUGGUAACAGUAAUGGGACAGUUUUUUAUAACAAUCGUCAUUACACUGCUAAUUCAAAUUUUGGAGGAUAUGUUCAACACCCUCAGCAUGAUAGUGCUAUGUUCCAUUCAGCUAAUCAACAACAGUAUCAAUCCAAUGCAGGAUCUUCAAGAGAUAAUAGAGAUACUUUCAUAACAUACAACACAAAUGGUACAUCCCAAUAUUCUCAUCAAAGACCACCCCCAGGUCCUUUGAAUAAUCAAAGACAAGGUAAUAAAGUUUUUAGAAACCAUGGGACAAAUAAACCAAAAAGAAAAAGUGGUAAGAGAGAUAAUUCUCAAAACAGAGGUGGCAGUAGUGCUAGGUGAUGAAUAUCUAAGCUCUGUGGACAGAGCUUAGAUAGUAGAAUUUUAAUCAAGUGCAGAGAUAGGGCUGAAUCAGUAUAGCUUAAUUAAUCACUUUUAGACUGACAUUAUAAAUUUGAUAUUUGUUAAUCAUUAAUUCCGCUAUCAUAUCCUUCAACUUAAACCAUUGUUUUAUUUUUUAAAAUGCAGUAAAGUUUUGUUCUGCUUUUUAAAAAGCUUACAUAUUUUGGAUAUUAAAAUAAGUUUUGUGAUAAGUUACCAUAUAGUUCAAGUAUCUCCAAAGCUUCUCUUCAAUGUAGGAAAGCUGGUACUCUCACCCUAAUAUUGCAGCAUUUUGUAGUUAUGAAAUUAUAUUGUUAUUUAAUUUAUAAACCUAUGCCUUCAAUUUUAAACUGUACUUAAUACAGACUAUUUAAAAAUGUUGAAAUUGCAAUUUCAUCCUCCGUACAGUACUUUAUAUUUUUAACAGUAAUUUUGACUAGUGGUUUUUUUUUUUAAUGUUUAAUUAAUAUAGCAAAAUUGUUAGUUUAGUUUAUACAUUUUGAAAAAUCUAAAUAUUUAUUUACAGGUUACAGGAAGAUAUUUUUGUAUGUCAUAAGAAAUAUUUCUAAUUCUAGUUGAUUUAUCUAUAAAGUAAUUUAAGAAGGUAGUUAAUCUAGUUGUACAUUUUUAAUGAAUAUUUUCAGGCUGCCAUUUGUUAUGUUGUUGAUAAUUAUUAAUUGUUAAAUCCAGUCACUCAAAUGUACAUACUUCAUGUUCUGCAUCCUUUGAUCUUCUUAUGGGUAUGAUAGUAAUUUUUUUGUUUCAUUAUUUAUUAAAUUCUAGUAAUUUAGUUAGAUGCUUAAUAUGCAUUAAGGGGCCAUUACUACAUGAAAUCGCUGUUAAGGCUUUGGAUUAAUGAACUUUUUUUUACUAAUUAUAAAAAGUAAAUGAAUUUCUUUCUUAAUUACAAGUUAGUAGGCAAAAUGUCUUUGUGACUCAUGUUAAUCUUCCGUAUUACCUUAUAAUUAAAAUGCUGAUGAUUCUUUUAAGAAAAUUUAAUUAUUGCUAUAAUACAAUAAACAUCAGUCUAAUUGCUAGCAGAAGCAGAUUUUGAUAAUUUUGUGAUGAGCAUAUGUUUUUGUAUUUUUUAUUUUGGGAGUGUGAGAUCCUUCCUCACUAAUAUAUGUACUUUUAUUAUUACGUUGACAGUUAUUAUAUACAAAUAAAAUAUCAGUUAUUAUGCCAGAGUGGAAAUUAUUUUUGUCAUAAAGUAUAUAAAAAAGAAAUCAAUUGUCAAAAUAAGUUAUUUAUUCGGUUUUAAAAAUUUCAGUUAUUUUUUUUUUAAUGCCACUCAAAAAAUGUUCAUUUGUUUGUUAUCAUUAGUUAUACUAAUUUCUGUGAAUUCAUUUACCACAGAUUACAAAGUAUGGAAAUUCAGGAAUACUUAAAUUUGCUAUGUCAUAAACAGUGCAAUGUCUUCUGUUCAGAUAAAAAAAAUUGUGACAAAUUUAUGCUAAUUUAUUAGUUUCAAUCUUUAUAAUUAGUCAGCACAAGUUACUAAUUUACAAUCUCAGUUUUAUUCUUUAAAGUAUAGGAUAAUAAUACAUCUAAUUUAUGGCUUAAUAUUUUAACUGUAUUUAAAAUUGAUAAAAAAAUAUUUUGUUUCUAAAUCAAGUUAUAUUUUUGUUAACCUGAAACUAUUUGAUUUCAUAUUUUACUAUUUUUCUUAUGGUUUUCAAACAAUUGUCUCAUUCUGAAUAGCCCUUGUUUUAAAAUAUUUUUCAUGUAAACCUGCUUUUCUUCUGUGCCAAAAGGCUUUCCUGUAUUUUGAGCUGCUCUAAAAUGUGCUAAUGAUGCACAGUUUAUUCAUUAAUUCUAAUUCAUAACAAGGAUUAACAUGUGAUGCUCGCACUAAUAUUAAUCAAGCAAAUUUUUUAAUGUGCAAAUAACUUCAAGCAUUCUUACAUUUUAACUAUUUAAUAUCCUUUUUAGCAGAAGAUCUAAGCAGAAAAGGCCUUUUUUUUUUUUUGUUAUUAAACUUGUGAUUCUUAUUUUUUUUUCAUUAUUGUUGAUUUGUUAUUUUUGUACCAGUUUGAACAUCAUUUUUUUUAUAUUCUGAAAGACUUGUGAUUAUUUAAAACAUUUUUUGGUUUUUGUCAGAAUUGUAUUCUUUUACCUCAAACUUUUUUAUUUUUAGUGGUGUUUAGAGGUAUUAAAAGUAAUAAAACAAAAAUAAUUAUUUUAGCUUGCAAAGGCUUAAACUUUUAAGUGUUUUAAGAAAUACUUUAAUGAUUUAUCAACGCAUACAUGCACUUAAAGAUUCAUUCCAAAACGUAAAGCAGUAUUAUGUUUGUAAUUUAAUUAUUCUAACUAAUGUAGUUGAAAGACAAGUAACAAGCAAGAAUAUUUAGUUUUCUAUAGAAAGACUAAAACCUGUUAAAUAUUUAAGAGUGAUCAAAUUUCCAUUUUCUGAAACAAAUUACUAAAUUUAACCAUUAGAAGAAUUGUUGCAUAUAAAACAAAUAGCCUCCUUCCGUUGCCUUGCUUUCAUGUUUGAAUCCUUCCAAGAUGACGAAGCUACAAAAAGUGUGUACUUACACAGAUCUAUUAUUGUAACAGAUUAAACAUUGAUUCGUGCUAUGCAUUUGUGUAAAUAAUUUUAAUAAGAAUGUAAAUAUAAUUUUAGCUAAAUGGUUGUUUAACCUGUUUUAACACAACAAAAUCGUAUUUCAAAAUGUAUGUCUUAUUUAAAAAUACUGGCUAUUGUUUGCAACAUUGGGUAACAAACUGAAUUCUUAUUUUUGUAUGCCUUCUAGACAUGGUGAACGGAUUAGAGUAGUGUUAGACUUGACUGCAUUUUUUAUUAAAGUUUUUGCAGAAGCAGGGAAAAAAUGUCAUGCAAUUGUUCUCAUGUACAAGUAAAAUACUGCUUCGUUUGUUUUUUUUUCUUUGUUGAAACAAAAUGAUUUUUGUGUGAAAAACAAAGGUGUUUUAUGAACAUGCACUUGCCUGGUAUUUUAAAUCAAAAUUAUACAUGAUUUCUUGUUAACAUUUUUUAAAGUGAACACCAAUAGAAAAAUACUGGACAUAUUCAGCUUCUGUUUUUAAACAAUUUUAAAUGCUGCUCACACCGGAAAAUGUCAUGAGUUUUUCAACCACAUUUUAUGGGGGUGUCUUUUUUUUUUUUAUUAAAGGCAGGUACAUUUUUUUCUAAUUCACUCAGUUUUAAGUAAUGACAAUCUUCCGGUGUUAUCUUGUACAAAUUUGUGUUUAUUUGGUGUGAAGAGUUUUAACAUUUUAAAUCAUCCUUGACUUUUUAGUGCUUGAAAUAUAACUGUCAUUGUAUUGCGGUUUCAGUGAUUGUCAGUGCAGCAAGUAGAUUUAUAAUUUUCAAAAUAACUAUUGUCCAUUCUUCUUUACCAAGGAUUAAAACCAGACUUGAUCUUCAAUAGUUGCUUAAUCUAUUAAAACACGUUCAAAACGAGAUAUUAAAAUAAUUAUUUUAAAUACUUUUUCAAAAAUGUUAUUUGCUGAAUAGAAAUACCUUCGUUGAUAAAAUGGUGUUAAAUGUAACUGACGUUCAUGCAUUUUUAUUUUUUUACAUAAAUUGCACAAUAAGCAGUUCAUUUACCCAGGAAGUUGUUAAAAUAUAACAUGUUGAGCACAAAAAAAUGCAUUAGCUUUUCACUGCUACAUACCAUUAUCAUUUAUUUAUAAGAAAAUUCAAGCUACAAAGGGGUUCAAAUAAUCAAAUUAUAUGAAAAAGUAUUAUAAUAUUGUUAAACUUCCAGAAUUACCUGCAGAUGAUUAAACCUUGUUUCUGCUUGUUUAAUUCAUAUAGAUCUAGUUAUUAAAAUGUGGUUUUCAUAGGAUUCAUUUGUAAUUAUAACUGCUCUAAUUUAUAAAGUGAUUAUAGUAUUCAUAAUAAUUAACUUCUUGUUAAAAUAUCUCACAAUAUAUCAUACCAUGUUUUUCUCAUUUCAAAGCAAUUUAAAGAAAUUGUUAGUGUUUUCCCCUUAAUGUUCCAAUCACCAUAUCACUUCAUAAAACUGUGUGCUGUUCAACUAAUUUAUUUAUUAGUUUAAAAAAUUAGUCAUGUUUAAUUAUAUUUAAUGAUUAGUGUUUUUCUUUGAAUGUAUGUUAAGUAGGGCCUGAUGACUAUAUUUUGUAUACAAGGAUUGUGUGUAGAAAAUGACAGUAUUUUUAAGUUCAAUGGAAACUAUUUAAAAUGCAUCCUAAAAUAAAAAAUUUAAAAAAAAAAACUAAAAAAGAAAAAAAAAAGUUAACAAAACAUAAAUUACCAAAAAAAAGGAAAUAAAAAACAUUUAAAUGAAUCCCAGUG